UCGCUGGAAAUGACAAACGAGACUGAGGCGGUCGGAGCGUCGUACAGGUUAAAUAAUGAACUUCACUACCCGUCUAAUUUCAUAAAUUCUAUUUAAUUAGUAUCGCUGGCCUCCACACCGUAGGCUAGGGUACAAUAGGCUAUGCUGUCUCAUGGACGUCUCGGCAAUAGCACAGCUUUUUUCUAAUUGACGCGGACUGAAAACAAAUAUCACCAAUGUGUUCUGCUAGUCGCUUGACCUCCUCGCAACUAUAGCCCAGGCUGCGUUUUUUUGGUUGAACGACGGAUACUGGCUCGGCGCGCAUGUGGCUCUGUCCAUUUGGGGAAGCUCCAUUUCACCGCAGCUAAUUUUUUUUCUCUCCCAUUUCACCUUCGUGUAACAGCCUCUCUAUUUUUCCCUAAUGAAAAAUAAUCUUUGGAGCAGCUCACGGGACGUGCCUAUUAUGAUGUCGAGCAAAAGCGUGGAAUGGCUGCAAGACGAACUGGAAACCGGAGUGAGCUCGCUGCUCUUGUUGGAUUGUCGGUCGCACGAGCUCUACGAAUCAUCUCACAUCGAAUCUGCAAUAAAUUUAGCCAUCCCGGGUCUAAUGCUCCGGAGGCUAAAAAAAGGGAAUUUACCCAUCAGAUCCAUCAUCCCCAACAACGAGGAUAAGGAGAAGUUUGUCAAGCGAUGCAAAACGGAUACGGUGGUGUUGUAUGAUGAGGCCACCUCAGAUUGGCAAGAGAAUGGAGCAGCGACCUCAGUUUUGGGUCUUCUCCUGCAGAAACUGCGAGAUGACGGGUGCAAAGCGUACUAUCUUGAGGGGGGAUUCAACAAGUUUCAGACAGAGUACCCCGAGCACUGCGAGACGAAUCUGGACUGCUCCUGUCCCAGUAGCUCUCCCCCUGCCUCGGUGCUGGGUCUGGGGGGGCUAAGGAUUAGUUCGGACUGCUCUGACGGAGAGUCAGACAGAGAGCCUGGCAGUGCCACAGAAUCAGAAGGCAGCCCUUUACCAAACAACCAACCGGCCUUUCCCGUUCAGAUCCUCCCUUACCUUUACCUGGGCUGUGCCAAGGACUCUACUAAUUUGGACGUGCUGGGCAAGUAUAACAUUAAGUACAUCCUCAACGUGACGCCCAACCUGCCCAACAUGUUUGAGCACGACGGGGAAUUCAAGUACAAACAAAUCCCCAUCUCGGAUCACUGGAGCCAAAACCUGUCACAGUUUUUCCCUGAGGCUAUUUCUUUCAUUGAUGAAGCUCGUUCCAAAAAGUGUGGCAUCCUGGUGCACUGCCUGGCUGGCAUCAGCCGCUCGGUGACGGUCACCGUGGCCUACCUGAUGCAGAAGCUGAACCUGUCCCUCAACGACGCCUACGACUUCGUCAAGCGCAAGAAGUCCAACAUCUCGCCCAACUUCAACUUCAUGGGGCAGCUGCUGGACUUUGAGAGGACGCUGGGCCUCAACAGCCCCUGCGACAACCGCUCCACGCCCAACGACCAGCUCUUUUUCACCACGCCCACCAAUCACAACGUCUUCCAGCUCGACACGCUGGAGUCCACAUGAGGUCAUCGUGGCCAGCGCAGCCAUCUUGUGGCGGCCAUCUUGGGAUCACCCUAGACAAGAGCGGUGACGACGACGACGACGAUCAUGAUGAUGAUGACGCUGACGUUGAUGUUUAUGGUGAUGGCAGCAGAGAUGAUGAAGAAGAUGAUGAUGAUGAUGACCUGGCCAGGUGGCAGCCAGAAGCCACUCAUGUGAAUGUUUAUUCUUUCCCGUCCUGUGGUGGGGAAGCAUUUUGAGCUAAGCGGCUAAAGAGUUUCAAGCGGCACAAAGGUGCAAAAAGCUGAUUCAAAUGUUGAAGAGGAGGAGAAGGAGGAAGCUAAAGCUAAAGAGGAGGAAGAGGAGGGUGCUGGUAACGGGGCGGUACAGCCUUGGAGACUGUUGCUUACGGCUCUUGACCAUGAGGGACGAGUCGUCAGUGUUGAAGCCCUCUCCCUCUCUCUCCUGAUGCCACCUCUGUGUUGGUGGUGGUGGAGGGGCAGCUUUUUCUUGCCUUUUUGGAAUAAGACUGUUCUUUUUUUAUCUUGUUUAAUCGGAAUGAAUGGGUUGUAAAGAAUAGGCGUUGUAGUGGAGAGGGGAGAUGAGCACCACACAGAGCUUCAUACAAAGAAAGGAUUAAUCGGAACUACAGUGCUAAAAACUUUGUUUUUUUGUCGUCUGUUGUUGGGACGGAGUCCUUAACCUCCCGACAUACAUGGUGCCAAUGUUUUGUCUGGCAGUUUAUGCUUUUUUUUCUUUUGUUUUUUUCUUCUUCAGAGGAGGUGAUCGAUCUCACUCUACUGAAUGUAGGGUCUGAUUAUUUUUUUCUUUUCAACAAAAACAAACACAAACAUGCACAUGCAUCUGUUGUGUUUAGCACAUACGCUUGGUAUGUGUCAUACACAUUUGUAUAUUUGUAUACAUUUUCACUUCACACACGUAUACACAUAUAUUACACGAAAAAAAAGCUCUUUUGUCCCAAAUAUUAAAAAAAGAUUCAAAGACAGUGUGGCCUGGGCGAAUUCUAGAUUGUAUUUUGAGGAAAGAAAGAAAAAAAAGACAGGAACAGACCAACAGACAGAGAUGAAAUUUGUAAUAUCCAGUUGUUGUUUUUUUCUUUUCUUAAGUAUUCUUCUUUUGUAUGUUGGUAAUGACCUAAUGCAUUUUGCACAGUGGUGAUGCCUUUCACUUCUUGGCACUUAAAACUGGUACUCGAGAGCGAGAUAAAGAGAGAUUGAGAGUGAGAGAGAGAGAGCGGGGAGCCGGCCUGGUCUGAGGCUGUGACGCAGCCCUGCAGCUGGGCUGGCGGGCCAGAGGAGGGAGGAGGGAGGAGUGGGGCGGGGGGAUGCACUUAACUUAAAGCUUAUUGUUCCACAAGCCACAUACAAAAGAUGGGACCUUUUUCUAUCACAGCAAACAACAAGCUCCACUUCCCUUCCUUCAGAGAAAGGGCGAAAGAAAAAAAGAAAGAAAGGAAGAAAGAGCGAGAGAAAAAAAGUUUUUGUUUUUCUUUUUUUUGUGGAGGGUUGUGAAUACCAUUUAGGCCUUUGACAUUAUGAUUAUUACAAUUACAGUAUAAACAUUGAUUAAUUAUCAAGAAAUUAAAAAAAGAAAGAAGUACAGUGGAAAUGUUUUGGUUGUUUGUACAUGAGCAUGCUGUGCUCUUUAGUAUUGUCGGGGCAUAAACCAGGAGGAGGAUUGGACUAUUUGGCAGAGGGAGACGCGAAUGCUAGGCACUGUUUUUUUAACAGCUUUAUCUGCUCCUGUUCUACAUGCAUCUGCAUUACACGUGUGGAUGUGUGUGUCAGACAGGGUGGCAUAGAGUGUGUAGAGAGAGGGGUUUCUCACGACAGAAACACACACAAAAGGUCAGAGUUUGGAAGGAGCUGGGCAGGAGUUGCUUGAUUGCAGGCCUUACGUAACCUUUUUUUAAAAUUCUCUCUAAUGCUGACUGUUCAAUACUCUUUGUAUCUCACCACUUCGGACAAAAAAAAAACAUUGUUGAAAAGUUUGUUCAUUAGAGGAGAAAUCAACACGUAGUAAUAAUGAGUGACUAAUGGACUUUAACGGGUCAGUCGAGGUUGUAUUUGUUACUUUCUGCAAUAUAUCAACAUUUUUAAGUAAUGGCCUAUUUUUUUUCUCAAUUCAAUUCCCUUUUGUACUACAGAUCCCAGUAUUACACCAUGACAUGCUUUGACACCGAGGUGUCGUUUCACCUGCGUGGUUCAAAGCUGGGGAGCUACACCACAUGUAGACUCAGCUCCUCGCUAAACAGAAAUAUCUUCUUUUUUUUUUGUCCUGUAAGACAAUGCCAUCACUUUAAUUGAUUUGUUCAAGAAGAAGACUCCAUUUUGUGCUCUAUGCUAUUACUGUGGCCUUUCAAUAAAUGAAUAAAUAUAUAAAUAAAUAUAUAGAUAUAUAAAUAAAUAUAUACACAUGAAUAUGUAUUUUAAGCAGAUAUGCAAAGAGUCAUCUCCUAAAUAUAGCAUCAAAGAUACUGACUGUAUCCCAUGUGGGGAAAAUGGAAAUGGGUGGAUUUUGUAAGACUGCGUCCCAUCACAAUAAGGAAAAACAUUGUUGAGAAGUGAUCACUCACUCACUCGCUCGCACCCAAGGAUUGAAGUGUAUCUCAGUACAGAGCUCUUUAAUUGAAAAAAGAGUAAAUCCUUUGGUUUCACGCUGCUUCUUGUGCAGGAAUGUUUGAGUGUCUGUAACAAUGAAAAAGAGAAACUGUUAAAUGUUUUUCUUUGUUUUGUAAAUUGCUAGAACGCAGGAACGAGGUUUUCUGUGAAAUUUCUUGUAGCUACAUCAUGGACAGUGGGUGUGGUGUUUUGAGCGUGAAAGGAAGAGAGUGAAAGAGCGAGAGAAAGCAAACGAGUGAAAGAGAGCGAAGAGAAUGAAAAGUGAAUGACAAAAAAAUGUUUAUCUUACCUCACUGAGGACUUUUUCAGGGAUUUUUUGACAAUGCAUCUACAUUGUGUUACAGCUUCAAAUACAUGUCAAAUAGCUGUUUUAUAUGUGCUGUAUACAUUUUUUUAAAGAUGCAAUCUAUAUAUGUGUAUAAAACGGCUUGGUAACCGGGCAGUUUGUUUUUUUCUGAUUUAUGAAGGACAUAAAUUGACGCUAUGUAUUGUAUAGUAUAUGGAAACCAACACAAGACAUGUUUAUACUGCAAAUAAAUAAUGAAAUAUUUUUUUGUUUAA